CAGUUGCUCUUUUUUCCAUUUUACUUCACGCGAGCUGUUCGCAAAUAUAUGUAUAUCGCCGCAUCCGAUCGGAUCCUCGUGUUCAAGAUCUUCGACCGGGGAUUCUGAAAAACUGUCAAUUGCCAUUAAAAUUCACUCGACAUUCGAGGCAACUUAAUGUCAAAGUCGCUGCGGAAGAAAAUCUAGACGAAGCAUUUCGAGCCGGCAGACUUUAAGCCACGCGGGACCGUCCCUCGUUGCGUUCGUCCUGAUUGGCGGCGCGGUAGCCAUGUCAUCGCCGGAUCGGCACGGCGGAUCAUCACGAGAAAUCGACGUGGAGCCGGGAGAGAGUCAUCGUCGUCGGCCCAGUAUACUUAGAGCCGCCGAGUAAAAAAAAACCGAUAGCCGAGGGAUCGGUAAUUCAAGGAUCGAUACGAGCGGAUCGAUCCACCAGCUCGCAACCUACGGCCUCUUUGCUGGCCUGGCCAGCUACUAUGCGAAUUGAAGCUCUCAGCACCCUCCUCGUCGCGGUGGUUUGGCUGACCGCAGUCCUGUGUCGCCCGCGGCUUACUGCCGCCAACAAUCUGACUUUAGCCUUCUCCUCUCGAAGGCCCAGGGAACAGCCUUCCAGAGGACAUAUCUCUCGCUGGACAGAGGAGCCACUGGAGGAGCCGACGAACAAGCAGAUGACAUAUCGAGACAUGCAUAGGAUUAUACGUGAGGAAGGAGGCAAGGAGGGCCUUCCGGUCGAAUGCUGUCCUACGGUAAAGGAGGUAAUACAACCGAUCGGCGGUCGAAAUCAAGAAGAUAUGUAUGUCGCGCUCUAUCGGGACGGCAAGAAUGUCCAGAGUUUCUUCGAGAUUUCUUGCAGACCAGACGUUCUCGAUAAGCCGUGCAGGUUCAUCGACCGGAAGUUCAGCAACCAGUCCAGAUGCGUGCAAACGUUCUCGUAUUCGUACGCUAUCGUCGAAAACCCUGGACCGAAGAUUGAAAUGAAAGAGCACAGAAGGCACCAUCACAAAGAACACCAUCACAAAGAACACGACGACGUUCCCACGAUUUCCGGUAAUAACGUGAGCGGGUCCGGGUGGGCGUUGGAUCAUAUCAUGAUCCGAAGCGGCUGCAGUUGCCAUAUCAUGCCGAAGCCGAAGAAGAGGAAAAUCGCGGCGACCAAGGCGAGAAGAGCGAAAAGCAAACAGCGUCAAUCAAGGGAUCCAGAAUUGGAUUUUGAGACGUGAAAGUAUCGAUUCGCGCCUUAAUGACAGGACAUUGUAUGUGUAAUUGUGUUACUGACUUGCGAGUGACUUGAGAGAGGAUGUACGUGAGCGAAUGGGAGACUACAUACAGAACAAGAAUGAAGAGUACCAACAUUCGUCAGAUAGCAGGGCGCAAUGAAAACGUUACCAACGAUCGUAUCAUCAAUUUUCUGAUGACAAUUUACUACAUAAUUAAUUUAUUAGACAUUAUCAUAUGGAACGCGUCGUUUUGUAAAUGACGCGUUUGCCAUCAAUUAAUAGAUUUAUACUUUUUGGUGCUUCGUUUACGAAAACCUUUCUUAGUGUGUUUUAAAGUGUUUAUAAUUUCCUUCUAUUUAUUAUCAUAAUUAUUUUGAUAGAAAAAUUUUGAAAAAUGGAGACAACGAAUAUAGCAGUUGAUUGAAGUGGUGAUAAGCGAAAGCAAUAUUUUAGAAUAAUAUCAGAAUAAUUUUAUUAAUUUUUAAUAUAAUAAGCGUAUGUCUCGAUGUGCAUUUCACUUAAUUUAAUACUUUAGCUUACCAAAUCCAUUUUUCAUUUUACCAGCGGCCAGUUUUCAUUCUGUAUUUUUACUUUUCUGUAUAUUAUAAAUUUGUAUGUACUCAGUAAUACAUACAAUAUAGUUGUAAUAGAAUAUAUAGUAUUUUGAUUAGUAUCUAAUUUGCUACGUCUAUGUAUAGAUCUGUAAUCCACGUUAUUGCGUUAAAAUAAUGUGUGAAUCAUAGUCUAUUAAAAUUUAUUUAAUUAACUUAACCUGGUGCAAAGUACACACAUACAUAUUUAACUAAUAGGAUUCAUAGAAAGAGCUGACUAGAAUGAGUAAGACGUGCCAACACUCAGCCAUGACAAUUAUUGAUAAAUCUGAUUAUUGUAAAAGAUGCGGAAAAAUACUUGUAAAGUUAUUAAGAUCAAGUUUUUUUUCCUCUCCAGAUUCCAUUGCACAUCGAUAUAAUGCAUAUAAAUAAAAGAAAUUGGAUCAACAGUCGGAUGGAUAAAAAAAAUGCAUAAACUAUUUUCCUUAUCUCCUUCCUGUAAAUUUCUUGCACCGCACAUUGAUAGUUUUGAGUUUCGAUCACUUUAUGCAAUAUUGUGAUGCGCAAUGUAGCUAUAUUUGCGGAGAUCUGUAUUUUUAAUUUAUAUAUACUGGCAAAAUAACCCUAUAUUAAUACAUUAAUUAUCUGAGAAAUCUUUAAUGUACAUAUUUUUGUGAGAAAUAAGCAGUUUGCUAUUUUAUAUCACAAUAUUUAUGUAUGUUUUAUAGUAUUAAUGGUUUUUUAAUUAUUCUCGACACAUAUUCUUCUCAUCAUAACUGCCAUAUAUUAAUAGUUUGAAUGAGUUGAUAUUUGUUGUAUUAUAUGUAACACCAUAAACAUGCGGACAUGUUUUCUAUAUCGUGUAUUGUAAACAUUGUACAUAAACAUCAUUAAUACAUUUGUUUAUAAAA